AAGGCUGCAGAAGCGAUGCAGGAGGCAUCCAGGGGUCCUCUCCUGUCCGUGCUUUUGUGACUCUGGGGGUGUCUGGGUUAAGUCUGAGCUGGCUGCCCGCACCGCUCCCCCCUUCCCCUCAGGGAAAAGCCCCCAGGUCCCUCUGACGAGACAAAGGCCCCAGGCUGUCGGGAGAAGGGGGUGUGUAUGGGGGGGGAGAAAAGUGUGUGCGCAUGCGCUGGGGCGCGAGCGCGCGCCUGUCGGUGCCGGGGAACCCAGGCUCGAGGGUGGGUAAGGGAGGGAUUGGGGUUGAAAUUCACGGGGUGUGGAGGGGGAAAGAGAGAACCACGGGGGGGAAAGGAAAGAAGACUUGCGGUAGGGGCGACGGAGAGACCGGAGGGCCGCGCUCCCGGUCGCUUGAGGGCUCCCUCUGGCGGCCGGAGGAGAAGACGGCGGCGGGGAAGGGAGGGCGCUUGAGGCGGGGAGUCGCGCUUGCGCUCGCGCUCGCGCUCGCUCUCCGGCUCUCCACUUGCUGCCUCCUCUGGGCCUCCGCCCCCGCACUGCUGCUGCCGCUGCUGCUGCUGCUGCUGCCGCUGCUGCUGCUGCUGCUGAGUUACUCCGUUCGCGGGGAGGCGCCGUGGUCGCGCACUCUGAUCCUCGGUUGCGCGCGCCCGCUUUCGCCCACCAACACCCACCUCCGCCCACCAUCCACCGCCACCCAUCGCCGCCGCAUCCGCCACCGCCACCACCUUUUCCGCGCUCCGCACUCACCUCGCUCCGGCCAAGCAGGCAACUCUCUAAACAGGAUGGCUGAGCAAAGACCAAGCUUCAACAUGAUGGAAGACCACGCUGGGAACCAGCAGAUUCAUUCUGGAGAACCAUUCCAGAUAGGAGGAGAGAGGAAAGACAUGGCUUCUCAAGGCGGUUAUACUCUGCUGCAGGACACCGAAGAUGACACGGGGCAUGGCUUGAAAGGAUAUUCUCCACACAUCCCAGCUGAUGAUGGAUCGGAUGAACAGGUCUCUACAACUUCUGCUAAGAGCACUCCAACUACAGAAGAUGUAACAGCUCCCUUAGUGGAUGAGCAGGAACAUGAAGAUCAGACUGCAGCCCAGGUGGAGAUACCUGAAGGAACCACAGCUGAAGAAGCAGGUAUUGGAGACACACCUAACCUGGAGGACCAAGCAGCAGGAGAUGUUUCCCAAGAGGAAUUCAGAGUCUCAGCAGAGUGUCAGAGGGAAGAGUCAGAGAUCCUGGAUUUCUCAACCAAUGAGAUUAAAUCUCAGAUGCGUCAGGUAAGCUUGGAAGAAACUUUUCAGAAACCACAGAUGCCUUUGAGGGGAAAAGAACCCGAAGAGCCAGAGAUGACUGUCCCCCUUACCUCUCAAGACAAUUUGGCUUCCCCAGAGGCACCUAGCCUGGAGGAAGGGAUUAAGGAGACAGACCCAGCUUUAAGGCAGAAAACUAGAAACAGAGCUGAGCAGAGUUUGACAUCUCCCAAGCCCAUCGUGCUGGAAAGCUCAAAACCAUCAGGAUUCCAUGAGGAUUUCAAAGUGGGGGUUGAAGGCCAUGACGUCCAUGAAAGCUUUCUUAGUGAACCAGGACAUUUUGGCUCUGAGGCCAUUGGCCAAGAUGCCAUUACUAUUCCUGGAGAACUAGUGUCCAAUAUGUCUGGGGAUUACUCAUUGGCACUGCCUGUGAAAGAGAGGGCCACGGUAAGGGAGGAUGAUGAAGAUCGUGACAUCGAUGAAUCCUUACCCCAAGAUUCACCUCUUCCUUCCCAGCUUUCUCCAAGACCAGAGAGUUUCCAACCUCAAGAAGUAUCUGUCCCUUCCGAGGCUGCUAAGGAAACUUUUGCAGUCCCUCAUUUACCAAGAGAACAUCAUAUCGAAAUUCCUCUGCCUGAUGAUUUUCUCUCCAAAAUUCCCCCAGAGAUGCCAGUAAUUGAAAGGGACCUGCCUGCAGUAGGUCAGGUAGCAACUGAAGGCAGUGAUGACCUCUUUAGUUUAGAAUCAUCCGAGAGUGUUGCGCAAGUGGAUAUCAAAGCUAAUGUCCCAAAGGAGCAAGAAUUGUCAGAGUUGGGCUCUGAAGAUACACUGAGUGGGGAGCUGGAGAGCCCGGAUGCCCCAGUGCAAGAGGGUCCAAAAACACCAGAAAAGCAGCCCAUGCGUUCGUCAUCCGGGAAGCCAGUCAGUCGGGUUCCUCAGUUAAAAGCUCGUAAAGGCAGCGCAACUGGAAGUGAUGAGAAAAAAGCCAAGACAUCCACACCUUCCUCUGCUCAAACCUUCCUGAAAGGUAGACCAACCAUUAGCCCUAAACGACCCUCUCCUGUUAGCUCAGACCCUUCGCUCCCACCCUCCAGCCCAGCUGUGUCCUCAGGACCAGGUUCCUCUCCUAAACACGUCUCUUCUGUCACAUCCCAUACUGGCAGUUCUGGAGCCAAAGCAAUGAAACCCAAGGGGGCAGAUAAUAAAAGCGGCAUAAAAAUGGCCACUCCCAGGACGGCGGCACCUUCGGGUCAGAAAGGACCAGCCAACGCAACCAGAAUUCCGGCCAAAACAUCAGCCCCAAAGACACCUCCAAGUGCUGGUGAAUCAACAAAAUCUGGAGACCGAAGCGGCUACAGCAGCCCCGGCUCCCCAGGGACUCCUGGCAGCCGGUCCCGUACACCCUCUCUGCCCACACCCCCAACCAGGGAGCCGAAAAAGGUGGCUGUUGUCCGUACACCACCCAAGUCCCCGUCUUCAGCCAAGAGUCGCCUUCAGACUUCUACAGUUCCCAUGCCAGACUUGAAAAAUGUCAGGUCCAAGAUUGGGUCCACUGAAAACUUAAAACACCAGCCAGGAGGUGGAAAGGUGCAGAUAUUUAAUAAGAAGCUGGAUCUUAGCAACGUCCAGUCCAAGUGUGGCUCAAAGGAUAAUAUCAAACACGUCCCAGGAGGAGGCAGUGUAACCACUGUUUCUUCCCAUGACUAUCAAGCAGAAAACACUUUUCCUGAUGGAAGGACUACAGGCUGGGGAAAUUCUGACCUCCUAUAAAUUGAACAAGAGCUGUUUGUUCCUGCCUUUCCACUGUUUUCUUCUCAACCUUAAAACCUGGACCAGGCCUCAUCUCCAAAUAUUUCAAGUUAUGUAUUACCUAAGCCAGACUUCUCACCCGGACUCCAAGUUACUUGCCGCCCUUCCACUCUCCCCAUUCCCAUUCUCCCAAUCAGCCUCCACCACCCCCUGCUUUUUCUUGCUCAGGCUGAAAGAAAAAUGAGCCUUGUUCACUCUACUACCCCUGUGCCCUUCCACAUGCACAUACAUGUUGUGGUACAUGGCUAAUAGCUUUCAGGAAGAAGCCUGUCAUUGUGGGUAGAGGGUGGGCCUUGGAGGCUAUACAAUAUGAGUUCAAGAACUGACUCUGAUUCAUACCACUUGGGUAACCUCUCAGUGUCCCAGGCAAUUCACUAAAACUCCAAGCUACAGAUGAACUGCUAGUCUACAUUGGCAGACAAUGUCAAUAAACAGAGUUUCUCAUGCUUAUGAAAUCAUGAGUCUGGACCCAAAAAAAACUACCACCAGGCCAAGCACCAGGGAUGGAAGGUGGAAUGAUUGAAUUUUCUAGUUAAUCAAGAAGAGCCCUUUUUUCAUUCAGAUUUCAUUUCUUAAAAAUCUACCCUGUUAGGACAUGGUCUUGCCUUAGUGAUUCAUAAGUAAAAAAGAUUGCCUUUUUUCUUGGUGACUAGAGCUCUUGCAGGGAUGUUACCUUUGGGAAUGAGAGAGAUGCCCUGGUAGGGUCUACGAGAUUCCUUUCAUUUCUAGAGCUAUAGCAUUCAGAAGGCACAGUGGAUAGGGUGCAGACCUAGUGUCAAGAAGAUCCAAGCUCAAAUGUGACUUCAAACACUUGCUUGUAACUGUGUGACAUUAGACAAGUCACUUCACUGGUGUCUUCCCCAGUUUCAUCUCUAACAUGGGGAAGAAGAUAAAAGAGCAACAACCUUCUAUGGUUGUCAUGAGUAUAAAAAUGAGAUCAUAUUUGUAAAGUAUCUUACAAACUUAAAGUGAUGUAUAAGUUCUAUUAUUAUUAUUAUUAUUAUUAUUAUUAUUGUUCUAAUAUUUGAUCAGUUCUCUAUUUACAAGAUGGUAGAGGUAGACUGAGAACAUCUGAGGGAUUGGAUUGAAUCUUUAGCAGUUUCUCCAGUCAUAUAUUGGAAGCUCCUUUUUGAAUAGAUGAACUCUUGAUACCCUGGAUUCUUUUCCUUUAAUAUGUCCUUUUUUGUGAAAGGUAAAGAUUUGGGUGGGGAAGACUUUGAGUUAUUGAGCUUGUCAGAAGUUAUUUCUAUUAACACAAAUCUCCAUUCCAAAGUACUGGUUUGUUUUGUUGUUCUUACUGGAUACCAUUAGCCCAUGAAAGGAUUUGGGGUUUUUUUAAGGGGGAGCAGGGCACUCUGAAGCAAUGUGCCUGAGGAGAACCCCAAAGUGAAAUUAGGGCAAACUGAAUUCACCUCAUAGGUUCAUGUGUGAAAAUGUUUUGCAAACUAAAGUUGACAAGCCUUUUUCAACUGCAACUGCUAUUAUCCUGGUGACACUCUAGUUAUUACAGUGGUCUAAUAGCCACUUAUGCUGAUAGGAACAAUCAGUUAAAUAAACCAUUAAGUAGAGAAUAGAGGUGUCAAACUGAAUAUAAAUUACUGGUGUGUGUGUGUGUGUGUGUGUGUGUGUGUGUGUGCACAGAGACUCAUGUCUCUGCUUUUAACAUGCACACACACAAGAACCAGGAAGGGCAAAAAGGAUAAUAGGAGAGAAAAAGUUCAGACAGGGCAAAGUAUGGGAUCUCCAUCACAACCUGUGUGAACUCUGCUUCAGCAUCAAGAAACGGUCCCCAAGAGAAGCAGCCAUGAUUCCUCACCUGCCAAUCCCAGGGCCGCACCCCACACACAGUCCCCCAAGGCUGAGCGGACCCCUUUCAGGGAACUUUGAGAAAGUCCCUUCUGGUCCCCAUGCCCCCGAGAUCACAGCCAGCCCUCCCGUGAGGGGCCUCAGGAGCCAAACAGUGCCCUCAAGCAUGGCACGUCAUGAUGGAGAGGCUCUCCACCCCUGCAGGCCCCAGAAGGACCUAACCCUAACCCUAAAUGCACCUUUUUGGGGGGUGGGAGUCUUUUAUUGUUGUUCUCCCUGCUUCCUGACUAUUUUACUACUCUCUGCUCUCAAAUGGUGUUUUCACCCACUCGGAAUCGCCCCAGCCCUUCCUGCCACAUUGCCGAGUGGUGCUAGAGGAAAUUCACUAACUCGGCUUGGGCCGGCCUCUGGUACUCCCAGAGCCCUCCCUGCCACCGGGCAAGGCGUGGACUCUUCCCCCUCUCGAUUCACUCUCAGAUUCUCCCAUCCCCUGCCCCAGACCUCUUCCUCCAGCUCUUACAGCGCAUCCUUCUCAGGUGCUCCCCUUAUUCUUUAUUUAUUGUCCUCCGCCAGGAGGUCCUCAUCUUCUCUCUCCUUGAUGCCGUUCUGCAGCGGAGACCGCCCUUCUCUAUUCCAAGAUGUAUCUUUGAUCCCCAACUGCCCUCUUUUCUCUGCCAGCUUGCCCCUCCAUUGUCCCUUUCCCCCUCUAAUCGUCAAUUUGUCUUUCUCUGUUGGCUCCUUCCUGGGCCUACGUGUGUCCAGAGAGGACUCAUCUCUUAGAAAAGCUUUGUUGUCCCCAGAAACCAGUUCUUAACCCAGUUUAUAAACCUUUUGAUAUA